AGUACACAAAUGAAUAACUUUUCAGUGGUACCAUUCACAUAUCUUGACCAUAAGGCAUGCAUUGUGAUUGGACUCCCAUAAAAGGUGCAGAGAUCAGCAACUGGGCCAUUCUCCCCAGGGAUUUAAGCUAAUAAGAGCAAUCGUAUUUAUAGAGGCCUGUUUUAAUGCAACCCCUCAAUCACUGGCCAUCUCACCCUGCAGCCCCUUUAGAAGCCCACUGAGCCACUGAAGUUCUGUUUACUGCUUUUAAGACAUAAACAACAAUGUCUAUGGAACGAUUCGACUGCCAUUAUUGCAAGGACACUUUGCUUGGAAAGAAAUACAUCCUAAAGGAGGACACCCAAUACUGCACAAAGUGCUACGAGAAUCUGUUUGCUAACUGCUGUGAAGUGUGUUCUUUGCCAAUUGGGUGCAACUCUAAGGAUCUCUCCUACAAAGACCGGCACUGGCAUGAAAAUUGCUUCAAGUGUGGCAAGUGCAGUCGAUCAUUGGUGGACAAAGCAUUUUCUGCUAAAGAUGACCUUAUGCUUUGCACUGAGUGCUAUUCUCAUGAGCAUUCCUCAAAGUGUAACACCUGCAAGAAGACUGUCAUGCCAGGAUCACGAAAAAUGGAGUACAAAGGCAACAGCUGGCAUGAGACAUGCUUUCUGUGUCAACGCUGUCAGCAGCCAAUAGGAACCAAGUCUUUCAUCCCUAAAGAUAACAGUUACUUCUGUGUGCCUUGUUUUGAGAAGCAAUUCGCCUACCAAUGCUGUGCUUGUAAAAAAGCCAUAACAACUGGUGGUGUCACGUAUCAUGAUAAGCCCUGGCACCGAGAGUGUUUCACUUGCAUUGGAUGCAAGAGACAACUGGCAGGCCAGCGCUUUACCUCGAGAGAAAACUACCCAUACUGCCUGGAUUGCUUCAGCAAUCUGUAUGCCAAGAAAUGCGUGGGCUGCACCAAACCAAUUACUAGCUUGGCAGGUGCUAAGUACAUCUCGUUUGAAGAGCGGCAGUGGCACAGUGAGUGUUUCACGUGUAUGCAGUGCUCUGUGUCUCUGGUGGGCCGUGGAUUCCUCACCCAAAGGGAUGACAUCCUGUGCACUGACUGUGGCAGGGAGAAGUGAGCUCACCCGAGACUGGGUCAGACAACCACAGGAGCAGCACAGUCGUCCAACUAUAGCAGGAAAGCGAUACGAGGGCAAAAUAGAUGUAGAUUUGGAUUUCUGCUCACAUAAAUGGAAUGAUGAAUAAACAAUGAAUAGAUUAAUUAUCUGUGUGGCCUGCUGAUUAGAAUGCUUAAUAUAUUGUUUAAUAAGUUUUCAACAAUGAUUUGAAAAUAUCUGUCUUCAUUAAACCCUAAACCAGCAUGGAAUAAUAUUACAAAUGUUUGAAGUUAGUCACACAAAAUGCUCUUUUGUUCAAUAAAAUUUAUUCUCCUCUA